UGGGGCCCCGGGGUCCAGGCUGACUUUGCCUGCCGAGAUGCUGGGGGACCUGUGGGGUAUAGGAGAGAAAACUCUGGAUCUGAAGUUGGAUGAGCUAGAGUGGAAUUCUGCCUCCCCACAUUCCUCCGUGGGGGACCUCAGGGACUCCGACCGUCAUGUUAAGGUGAAGCCGCGCAGUUCUGUGCUGAACAUGCUCAAAAGGUUGGACAAAAUCAGGUUCAGGGGUCACAAGAGAGAUGAGUUCCUCGACUUAGCCGAGUCUCCCAACGCGUCCGACACGGAGUGUGGCGAUGAGGUCCCCGUGAAGAUCCCUCGGACGUCCACCCGCGACAGCGAGGAGCUGCGGGACCCUGCUGGUCCGGGCACUCUCAUCAUGGCUGCUGGAGUCCAGGAUUAUAACCGGACAGAAUUCGAUCGACUAAACGAGAUCAAAGGGCACCUGGAGAUCGCCUUGUUGGAAAAACACUUUUUACAAGAGGAGCUGCGGAAGCUGAGGGAGGAGACCAACGCCGAGAUGCUGAAGCAGGAGCUGGAGAAGGAGAGGCAGCGGCGCCUGGAGCUGGAGCAGAAGUUCCAGGAGAUCCUCAAGGCCAGGGCCGAGGAGCCAGCCCCCCAGCAGCCUCCCAGGGGACCGGCAGCGGUGACAGCGACGACGCAAGCCAAUCACGGCUCAGAUAAGCGUAGCCAGAUGAUGUGCUCGCGAGUUCAGAAGUGGUUCUACGACAGGUUUGGGGAAUACGUGGAAGACUUCCGGUUUCAGCCUGAAGAAAGCACGGUGGAGACGGAGGAGCCUCUGAGUGCCAGAAGGUUGACUGAAAACAUGAGGAGGCUGAAACGAGGUGCCAAACCCGUCACAAGCUUUGUGAAGAAUCUCUCUGCCUUAUCCGACUGGUAUUCUGUCUACACCUCUGCUAUUGCCUUCAUUGUCUACAUGAAUGCCGUGUGGCACGGCUGGGCCAUCCCCAUGUUCUUGUUUUUAGCCAUCUUGAGGCUGUCACUCAAUUACCUCAUCGCCAGGGGCUGGCGGAUCCAGUGGAGCAUCGUGCCUGAAGUCUCCGAGGCUGUGGAGCCUCCAAAGGAAGACUUGACGGUAUCAGAGAAGUUUCAGCUGGUGCUGGACGUGGCCCAGAAAGCCCAGAAUCUGUUUGGGAAGAUGGCCGACAUCCUGGAGAAGAUUAAGAACUUGUUCAUGUGGGUCCAGCCGGAAAUCACCCAGAAGCUCUACAUUGCCUUGUGGGCAGCAUUCCUCGCCUCCUGCUUCUUCCCCUACAGGAUUGUGGGGCUCAUGAUGGGCCUCUACGCAGGCAUCAAGUUUUUCCUCAUUGACUUUCUCUUCAAACGCUGCCCCCGCCUCCGAGCCAAGUACGACACUCCCUACAUCAUCUGGACCAACCUGCCCACAGACCCCCAGCUCAAAGAGCGCUCAGCUGCCACCGUGACCAGGAGGCUCCAGACCACGUCCUCCAGGAGCUACGUGGGCGCCAGCGCUCCAGCGGGUAUGAGCAGGGACGAAGACACAGGACGCUUCCAUGGGACCAAAAGGGGAAAUUUCCACGAAAUCUUUAACUUGACGGAAAAUGAACGGCCUCUGGCAGUGUGUGAGAAUGGCUGGCGGUGUUGCCUGAUCAACAGAGACCGGAAGAUGCCGACAGACUACAUCCGGAACGGCGUCUUGUAUGUGACAGAGAAUUACCUGUGCUUUGAGAGCUCCAAGUCCGGCUCCUCCAAGAGGAACAAGGUCAUCAAGCUCCUGGACAUCACUGACAUUCAGAAGUACAAAGUCCUUUCUGUCCUGCCGGGAUCGGGCAUGGGGAUUGCAGUAUCGACACCAUCCACCCAAAAGCCCCUCGUGUUUGGAGCCAUGGUGCACAGGGACGAAGCGUUCGAGACCAUCUUCGGCCAGUACGUGAAGAUCACGUCGGCGGCAGCGUCCAGUGGUGACAGCUAGGAGUGCGCCCCAGGCCGCCGGCACCUUCUUUGUCUCUCAAACGACUCUGGCAGUGGACACGAUCAGUCAUCUCAUGAUCUCCUUUGCAAUAAUGCUCCUGGUCCCGUGGGCUCUCCUCCAUGUCACCAUCCCCCUUCCUGUCUGUCUGCACAUUGGUGUGAAAGGCAGCGAGCCCACAGGCCAUGCCCUUGCACACCAAGCACUUGUGAUGUUUACUCAUGGGAUGAGAAAAGGCAGGGAGGGCCUGGGUGCCCACUCUGGAUAAGUGGGGCAGGGAGGGCCUGGGUGCCCACUUGGAAUGAGUGGGGCAUGUUGUCUUGGUCACCACACAUGGCUCCAUUGCGUCCCACAUGCACAGAGCAGCCAGAAGGCAGCCGUAGGCCUGAUGGUCCAGUCCUUGGUCCUCGACAGGCCUUAGCCCCUCCCAGCCUGCAAAGCCCUCAGGGGCUGGUGCUGGUGACCCCCCCCCCCCCGCCCCCAGGGCCCCUUCCACUGGUUCAGGCCUGGAAUACAGCUUGUUUCUGGUUCUCGUCACUGAGGUCGCUGGAGAAGAAUUGGGUCAGGAAUGAGUGUGAAGCUCCAUGCGAGGGAUGCCAACAGAUUUUUCCUCCCACUCCAAGGCCUCGGGGGUCACACGGGGGUCCAGUUCAGGAGACACAAGCUGCCCGGCGCCCUUUGGCAGAUCUGUCCCUCCUGACUCCCCUGAGCUGCCUCCUCUUCUGUGCGGGGAGGUCUUAAAGGGGAAUCUCAUGGAAGGCCCUACAGGGCUGGGACCCCCGUCCUGAGAAACGCCCCCUUUUCUGGCCCUUUGCCAAAGCCCCCACGUUGCUUGCUCCGUUCCCUUCCUCAGCUCCGUGUUGGCCUUCUCUUUGGUGCCUGCUGUGGGCCAAGCCUCCGGGAGCCUGGUGGUCCCUCGGGAAUCAUUGCAGGGCCCCAGCCCACCUCUGUCAACACAGGGACGGCGGGGCCUUCUGGGCUCCUUGGUUCCUAUGACAACGCUGGAAGUGCUUGGUAGCGUAGGGUAGUUAAAAUUAGUCUGACGACAGCUUGAUCGUCAAGCGGAGAUGGCCAGCUUGGCUCCGAGAUAGUGUAAAACUGGGGGGAAAUGGGAGAGAACCGAGCAUUCACACCCCCAUCCUGCCAUUCCAGGCCCCCAGGGCACGCCCACUACUGGAGUGCGCUGGGCUUGGGAGCUGGGCAGAGCCCUUUGCUGUGACAGUAUUUCUAGGCCAUGUUUGCAGCGUUUGAAUACUGUGUAAUUAGGCCCAGGGCCUGAUGCUUGACCUGGCCCUGGCCCCGCCUCCUCUCCAUCCCUGGUCCCAGACACACCGAAGGGCAAAUGUGUGUGUCCACACAGGACAAGAAAGUAGGGGUGGAGAGAAAGCCGGACCAGCCCUUAGCGAAAACCUCUGGCCUCGCCACGGAGAGAUUACCCCCUCGGCGGGAGGGGCCCUGGGCUGGCUUUUGUCUUCACCAGAAUUCAAAGCUGGUCUGAGGGCUUGCCAGUCCCAGGCCUGGAGCCAGGUCUCUGCUCGGGGCAGGGAAGAUGCACGAACCUUUCUUCGGAAGUCACCUCCUUGCCCUUUGAAGCAUCAGCCUCUGGCCACACCCCAGCCUGUCCAGCUUGUCCUGCGUCCUGUGGAUGUUUGUGAGAGUCGUUUUUUGAAGAAAUAGAUUCUAUUUUUUACAGAGAGCAAGCUGUUUUUUUCUUAUUUUUGUAUCAUUUUCAGAUGGAAUUUUUACCUUUGCUCUGAUCAUAAUUUGCUGGUUUGGAAAAGGAAUCGGGAAGCAUCCCUUCUUACCUUUCCUAGUCCCAUCGAUCCCCUGGGGCAUCACCAUCGCCUCUGGGGAUUGGGAAGGGAAGAAGGCUUUGAGCUUGGGUGGUUUCUGUGCCCAAGGCCAGCCCACGGGGCACGCACGGCAUGCCCAGGCUCCCCAGGGCUUGGCUACCAGAUCAGGGCAGGGAGAACUCGCCGCUUCAGAACAGGGCUCAUCAACCUGUUUAUCAGCCACCCUGAUGAUGUGCCCACCACCACCGGUGACUGAUGCCCUGGACUCUGUCAGUGCCCAGAAGCUGCAUUUCUCAGUGACCUCGCCACCCGGGGGGCCGUCCCUCUAUUCUUCUUUCUCAAAGACCACCCUGUUCUUGGGGCUCAGAUUCCUGGUCUUGCUUCUGCAGCGACACCCCUUCCUUCUCUCAGUGCUGUUCCAGACCUAAAUCUGACCCUUGACCCUCAUUAACAAGAGGAAACUGGAAGCUGAAGGACUUCGGAGGGUGGGGGGUUUCCCAUGGCCGAGACACCGGAAUGAUGCCCCCCAGCUCUUUCCUGCUGGCUUUGGCGGGAUAUCUCGUCAGGAUAUAGUGGGUGACCUCGGGCCCCUUUAAGGGGUCCUUGCCCCAGUAGCCAGACACAGAUGUGUGUGCGGCCACGUUUGCUGCUGCUGUUGACCCUCAUAAAGCCCUUGCCCUAUGGGGCAGAAUUGGAUUCUACUUCUUUAAGAGAAGUGGGGUGGUUGAGUUGGAAUUCCUUCUAAGGAGCAAGGGAGAUGAAAACUGACCACGCCGAUGCCCAGCAGAUUGGCUUUGACAUUCAAUGCCCAUGAAGCUGCCGCCUCUCCUCUUCCUGUUUCUGCUCUGGAGGGGUCUGUCCGGGCAGACCGAGAGCAGAGGGUGGGUCUCCGGAGGAGAGGGGAGCCCGCGGCUCUGGGUGGGCUCGGUGCUUCAUCCCCGGCACCGAGAGAAGCCCACCUUCAUUUUCUACCUGGUGUCUACUUUGAACCUGUAAAUAAUCGUUCCUGCGUCACUUUUGUUCCACAAAGCAGUUGUGUGGAGAACUGAUGAAAACAGAGUCGCCCUGUGACAUUUUUUAAGAAAACCUCGUUUGUUUAAAGAAAAAGUCUUCUAUAAAUUAUCAUUUUUAUUUAAAUAAACCUAAAACGCUUUGUGCUAACAAGCCA